GUUAACUCCCUGCAGGCAUAAGAGGACGUUGCUGCAAGUCUUUCACCCUAGUCAGAAAAAGAAAAGAGAUAAACGGAUCCGACAGAGAAGCAGAGGAAAGAUAACCUGAUUACAGUCUGAGGCACAUGACAACAUAUGGAAUUGUAAACACAGCUAAAAAAAUAAUGGAUAUAAAUGGGGUCAGCAAACUUUACACAGAGAAAAUCUAGUGAAACUGCAGAAGUUUUCUUUUGACAUCUGCUGCAGGGAAACAACAAGAUAUAGCUAUGUGAGUACUGUGACAGUUUGGGGAGGGCGGUACCAGAGAGUGUUUAGGAUUGGAAUGGAUUAGAAGCGCGGAACCUAAUAUUUAACUAGAUCUAGGAAUCUUGUCCACACCCAAAAGAAUAUAGGUCUGGAUCAGGAGCUGUUUUACACAGGCUGUGGUGUCAGUUUAACACAUUGGGGGGGAUACAGUUAAAGGAUCAGAGUUGGCUUUAUUCUUAUUUUAAUCUUUAGAUUGUUUCACCAAUGAAAGGGCUGCAGGUGAUGAAGCAGAAUCUGGAUUACAGUGAGGACGUGUCAUUUGCAUGUGGUUAGAAAGUGGAUUCAUCAAUUCCAUAACAAAUCAUUUGGACAAUCACCGUUUGGACAGGGAUCUGUUUAAAGUCAAAAGAAUUCUUGGAGUGGAGUAUUCUGCAUUUAUAAUCUGGAUGGAUCACGGUUGCAAUAUGUGAAUUGUGUAAUCAACAAAAGCAAGGUACAAAACCUGUUUUGGAUGUGAAGAUGAAUUUGUUUUGGGACGAGUGCCCCUUUGGAUGUCACUAGCAGCCUCCUUCCUUGCCCCUUAGCUGACAUUUCUUACGGGACAUGCGUUUGUUCUUACCCUAACCAUGGCUCUCAGCAAAGGGCUGAAGGUGCAUGUGAAACAGGACCCUGCCUGCUACAGUGUCCUGCUGGAGUCCCGCAACAGAGAGGACUGCUUGCUGUUUGAGUCGGGUACAGUAGCCACUCUCACUCCUGAUGAAAAGGAAUUAAUCAAAGGGCAGUAUGAGCGGCUUCAGGAUGCAUACGGAUGCCUAGGAACACUUCGUUUAAAAUCAGGGAACUCUCGGUUGCACUUUCUUGUCUUGGUAAGCGGAUGUUCCUCAGUUGGAAGAAUUCUGGAUGCCGAAGUUUACAAAAUCACUGCAACCGAAUUCUGUCCUCUUCAGGAAGAGACCAAAGAAGAGGAGAGAGUCUCCUCCCUCAGGAAAAUAUUGAAUUCAGGGAUGUUUUAUUUCUCUUGGCCAAAUGCUGGAUCAAACUUUGACCUCACUGUGCGGGCACAAAAACAGGCCAAGGAUAAGAGUUACGAGUCUGGAAACUGGUUUUUCUGGAACAGACUGUUGCAUAUGCCUUUAAAACACUAUCAAGUAAGCUGUUCUGAUUGGCUGCUGAAGAUCAUCUGUGGAGUGGUAGAAAUCCGCACAGUGUAUGCCUCACACCGGAAAGCCAAGGCAUGCCUUAUCUCUCGGAUAAGCUGUGUGCGGGCUGGUGCCAGGUUUCACAUACGUGGAGUGGAUGAUGACGGACAUGCUUCAAAUUUUGUUGAGACAGAACAGACAAUAUAUAUAGAUGAUGAUGUAUCAUCCUUUGUCCAAAUCAGAGGCUCUGUGCCGAUGUUCUGGGAGCAACCAGGAUUGCAGGUUGGCUCUCAUCAGCUUAAACUCACUAGAGGGCUGGAGGCCAAUGCCCCAGCAUUUGACAGACAUAUCCUAUUAUUGAAGGAAGAAUAUGGCAAGCAGGUCAUAAUAAAUCUUCUGAGGAGCAAAGGAGGAGAGGAAGUUUUAAGCCGUGCCUUCAAGAAACUUUUAUGGGCAUCUCUACAUGCAGAGGAUGUUCCAAUGAUCAACUUUGACUACCAUCAAAUUGUAAAAGGCGGAAAAAUAGAAAAGCUGGAAAAUUUGCUAAAACCUCAAUUAAAGUUGAACUUUGAAGAAUUUGGAGUGUUCACACAGGGAGAGAACUUACUUCCACGAUUUCAAAAGGGCACCUUUCGUAUUAAUUGCUUGGACUGUCUGCAUCGCACAAACAGUGUCCAGGCCUACAUUGCACUAGAGGUUCUUCGCACUCAGCUGGAGAGUCUUAGGUUGCUUGAUAUGAAAUCAGUUGUUGAGCGUUUUGAUGAGUCUUUUAAGUCCAUGUGGUCCAUCAACAGCCAUAACCUGAGCAUGGUAUUUACAGGAAGUCGAGGUCUAGAAGGGAAGGCAAAGGUUGGAAAGUUGAAAGAUGGAGCACGCACAGUUUCCAGAACCAUACAGACAAACUUCUUCGAUGGUGCAAAACAAGAAGCUAUUGACCUUCUACUCCUGGGUGAUUUCUUCAGUGAAGAAUAUGCUGACAAAGGACGGAUGUUAAUGGACAGCUCUGCACUACUAGUGACUCCAAAUGUUUUAAAGGCCAUGUCAGAACGCCAGUUCGAAUACACAAAUUUCAAGAGGACUCGUGUUGCCAUAGGAACCUGGAACGUAAAUGGAGGGAAACAGUUCAGAAACAAUAUACUCAGUACCAGUGAGCUCACAGACUGGCUGCUAGAUUCCCCCAAGCUGUCUGGACUUCCUGAUUUCCAAGAUGAUGAGAGCUGUCCACCUGACAUAUUUGCUGUCGGAUUUGAAGAAAUGGUAGAGUUAAAUGCAGGGAACAUUGUUAAUGCCAGCACAACCAAUAAGAAACUGUGGGCCGAGCAGAUUCAGAAGGCUCUUUCAAGGUCGCAUCGGUACAUUCUGUUGACUACAGGACAACUUGUGGGUGUUUGCCUCUAUGUUUUUGUAAGACCUUACCACAUGCCUUUUAUUAGAGAUCUGGCUGUGGAUACUGUUAAGACGGGGCUGGGAGGCAAAACUGGCAACAAAGGAGCGGUAGCCAUUCGCUUUCAGUUCUAUAGCACAAGUCUCUGCUUCAUUUGCAGUCACUUUUCUGCUGGGCAGAACCAGGUGAAAGAACGUAAUGAAGAUUAUAAAGAGAUAACACAGAAGCUGAGCUUCCCCAUGGGAAGAAAUGUGUUUUCUCAUGAUUAUGUUUUCUGGUGUGGCGAUUUCAACUAUCGGCUGGAUCUCACGUAUGAAGAAGUUUUUUAUUUCAUUAAACGUCAGGACUGGAAAAAGCUUCUGGAGUUUGAUCAACUUCAAUUUCAAAAAGCUAAUGGAAAAAUUUUUAAAGACUUCUAUGAAGGGACCAUUGACUUUGGACCCACUUACAAGUAUGACAUUGGUUCAGAAGCCUAUGACACCAGUGAAAAGUGUAGGACUCCGGCCUGGACAGACAGAGUAUUAUGGUGGAGAAAUAAAUUGCCUUUUGAGAAAUCAGCUGGAGACAUUAAUCUUCUAGAAAAUGAUCUGGAUUUCACUACUAAAGUAAAACACACGUGGACACCAGGUGCGCUGCUGUAUUACGGUAGAGCAGAGCUGCCAUCUUCUGAUCACAGACCUGUGCUGGCUAUUUUGGAAGUUGAAGUUCAAGGGGUUGACGAGAAUGCCAGAGAGAAAGUGUUUCAAGAGAUAUCAUCUUCCCAGGGCCCGCUGGAUGCUACGGUUGAGGUGCACAUCUAUUCACCCACACCUGAGGAGAAAGCAGAGUUCCCUGAAGACAUCUGUACAGAGCUUGUGCAGACAUUUCAGAAUUAUGGCACUGUAAUUCUUGUAAGGGUAAUUGGAGGACAAAUGAUUGUUACAUUUGCAGAUAGUAGGACAACACUGAAUGUUCUUGAUCUGGAUGGAAUGAAGGUGAAAGGAAAAGCUAUAAAAAUAAGGACCAAAACAGAGGACUGGGUUAAAGGACUGCAGGAGGAAAUCGCAAGGAACAGAGACAGCAUUGCACCAAUGUCACCAAAUGCUAAUUCUUGCUUACUGGAGGAAAGCUUUGAUUUCUCCAAUUUGGAUUACGAAUCAGAAGGUGACAUAUUGGAUGAUGAUUCUGACUACAUGGUUCCUCAACAUCUGUUAACUGACAGACCAAUAGCAGGGUAUGAGUUGUCUGAUGGGAUUGAGCAUCUGCCAGCAACAACUGCAUCUUCUAGUAAGAGCUCCCCUGCUACUACAAAAAAACACUCAUUUAAAGAUGAUGAAGACUUAAUGGCACUUAAAAUAAAACAUGAGGUUGUUGCAGAGUUUCGGUCACGCUCACCAAGCAGGUCAUUGUCUGUUCCCAGCAGUACUCGCUUACGUCCGCCACAGAGGCCUCCGCCACCAAAAAAUAACAUGCAAGUACCUGCGCCACAGCCUGCUAAGUUUCUUUCUGGAGCGCCUCAACAUCCUCCCAAAGACAGAACUGGGAUAAGUAAACCUUAUAAUGUGAAACAAAUCAAGACAACCAAUGAACAGGAAGCAGAAGAGACAAUCAAGUGGCUGAUGGAAGCCAAAAAAGAAAAUAAAGAAGAUACACCCAAAACUGGUCUACAUCGAAAUCCAAGUUUUCCAAAAGCGGAUUCCAUAUCUUUGUCUGUCAAAGUUUUGCAAGAACAGGAGCAAGAAUCAGAGGUUGUUCCUGUACCCCACAGACCUCCACCAAAGGUCCCCAGCUUUAAAAAGUCUUUUCGCCUACAAAGAUCUGGCAUGAUAUCAGAACCUUCUUUAAAUGUUGAACAGAAGACUAAUGAAUCACAAAAAACAAGUGCAGAUGUCUUAAGUGCUCCAAGAAUCCCAGUAGUACCUAAACCUCUGUCGAAUGCCGAUAAUUUGAAUUCUGUGAUCCCAUCAAGGCCUCCUCCAAAAAUUCCCUUGAUACCAACAAAGGAGAGUCAUGUUGGUUUAAUGGACUCUGGAAGUGUCUCUCCAUCACUUAAAGCUGGUAUGAACUCUCAAAAUGUCUGUUUAACACCUAGUCUAGUGCCUCAAAUGCAUACUUUGCAUUCACUAAACCCUGCAACAGAUCAUUCACUGCCAAUAUUAAACACUAUUGAUGGCAUCAUGUUCUCAGAAAAUCUAAGUGUUGGUAACUCAGUAGGAAACACAGAUUUUAUUGACUUUGGAUCAGUCCCAUUGAUUCCUUCAACAACUAAUCUGGAGCCAUUUUUGGAUGCCAGUAUCUCCAAACAAACUGCAGUAGUUAAUCCUCAAAGAGUACCACCAGUGCCCAAGCCAAGAAACAUACCACCUUCUAAACCUACAAAAUCUCAAGAAAGUACAACGACUGAUGAAAUUCCAUCACCUUCUCAGAACAACACUAUGAGUGAUGAAAUAUCAACCAAUAGCCAUGCCCCCAAGGUUCCUCCAAGAAGAAAGAAAUCUGCUCCUGCUGCUUUCCACCUGCAGGUGUUGCAAAGCAGUAACAGCUUAUUACAAACACAUCCAGCUUCAAACACCAACAAUAACAAUAGCCUAAGUGGAGGAUCUACAACACAGACACAGUCUGAACCUCCAUUUUCAGAUAUGGUAUUAGAUAUUCAACAAACCAAUGAACCCCAAACCUACAUUAAUCAACCACUUCAAACCCAGGGAAGCUGGUCUUCCAGUGGAACAGAUUUACCAGACUUUGAAACAGAAGUAUUAUUUCAGUUCUCUACCACUGAAGGCUCCACAGAUAAAUAUUUUGGUGACUUAUCUGAUAGAGAGAAAAGUGAAAACUCUGGUUUAACUGAGAAUUGUGAAGCUCCUCGGUGACUUGUACAAAUGCGCAGAUUGUUAUUUCUUUAUGUAAAGUGGAAUUUUAAAAUGAACAUUCCCUUCUUAAAGGACCACAUUCACAAGGGUGUAAUUGUCUUACAUUAUAAAGCAUAUAAUCAUUAGUAUGCAUACUUUUUUUUUUUCGUUUAUGUGCAUAUAAGAUGAUGAGAUGAGGAAAAGAUGAGUUAACUGGUUGUGUGAUUAGGUUACAAUCUGAAGAUGGGGGUUUCUUAAAAGUACAAUUUAUACAAAAUAAAAUAAUACUAUAAGCAUACUACUUUAUAUAUGCUCUUUAAUAUAAGAUAUACUAAACCCAAUUUUCUUCUUUCAUGAUUCAGAUAGAACAUGCCGUUUUAAGCAACUUUCUAAUUUACUCCUCCUAUCACAUUUUCUAAAUUCUCUUGCUAUCUUUAUUUUAAAAGCAGGAAUUUAAAGCUUAGGAGCCAUUCCAUUUUAGGUUCAGCACCCUGGAUAGCUCUUGCUUAUUGGUGGCUACAUUUAGCAAACCAAUAAGGAAGCAUAAACCAAGCAUUCUUGCAUUUUAAAUAAAGAUAGCAAGGGAACAAAGAAAAAUUGAUAAUAGGAGUAAAUUAGAAAGUUGCUUAAAAUUGUAUGCUCUAUCUGAAUCAUUAAAUAAAAAAAAAUUGGGUUUAGUGUCCAUUUAAGCCAUUGGGUUUACUUAAUGCAUAUAUUUGGGUAAAAUGUUUGUCAGAGCUGACAAUUUCUACUGCUAUAAAUAAAUCUUGGUUGAUAAUUACAUAAUCUGGUGCAUUAUAUGUGGUCCAGAGAAAUGUUUACACAAAAAAGAUGAAAUAUAGAGUUUUUAAACAUUUUACCCAGGUAUGGUAUUGUAAUCAUCAUUCUUCCUCUCUGUGUCGGUUCAUUACAAUGAUCAGCUAGCUAAAAACAUUAUACGUUUUAACAAUCAUUAUUGUAUGCCAAAAAUAUAUCCAUAUAAAUCCACUUUAACAUGUUUUUCGUAAUCUCACAACAUACUUGGUUAAGUGUUUUUUAUGGUUAAAUGUGCUGUUUUUACAGAAUGUGUGGAAGAAAAAAAUAAAAAAUAACAAACCA